AUGCGUUUACAGUUUUUUGCCGCGUUAAUCACGCUACUUUCUGGUGUUCUGGCAGACUCCCAUGACUACUGUGCCUGCCAGCAGUGGUCCAAUGGUCCAGUUGACCACGUAGCGACAGCCAAGGUUGCCGCGAGAGCCUGCUUUGGCUACGUUUGGGCUCCAUAUGAGCACUUGGCCGAUUCGCAGACGACCUGGAACGCCCACAGCCCAGGACCUCGAUUUGAGGGCCGAUAUCUACAAAAUAUGAUCAAGAGGUGGAGGAUCGAUGGAGACGACUUCUACAACCGCUGUCGCGAGGCGGGAGCGGGAGACAGCACAUGUUUUGGCUGCUCGGAUCUCCAGGUAAAUAGCGACGGGAGAGUGCAGUGCAACGAAAAGUAG